AUGGAUCAUGGAGACGAGGUUAUCUGCUUAGGCAAGGGGGGAGUUUACAAAAUUAGAGGUAUAACAUCAAAUAAUUCUAAUGAGAAUAUUAUAGAAAAACCAAUGCCAUAUUUACCGGGUGUUGAAAUAUAUACACAUGAAUCACAAGGACGAGGAUAUUGUUAUGUACCGGCUGAAUCCAAGAACUCUGUGAUUAUAGUUACUGAUAAGAUGAAUAAGAUACUCAAGGUCGAAGGUAAUUUCCCUGUUAGAAAACUCCAAUAUUCCCCCCUAGGUAGUUAUUUACUUAUUUUAACUGUCUAUGAGCAAGGUAAAAAUGAAGAUAAUUUAUGUGUAUAUAAGCUAGGAAAUGAAUUAAAACUGUUAUUUUCUUUUCCAUUCCGAACAAAUAGUGCCAAAGUUUUAAGUACUUGGCCCCCUUAUCGUUGGAGUAAUAAUGAACUUUGGGCAUUUAAAGUACAAGAUACAUGUUUGUCUAUAUAUGAUGGACAUACAGAGUCUUUAGAUAAUCCUAUUGAAACAUUAACAUUUAACAAAAGUAUUCAGUUAUCUUUAUCAAGUGAAAUUUCAAAUAAACAAGAUUUAAAUAAUACUUAUUUAAAUUUUGCUAUAGUAGCUUAUUAUUCAAAUCCAAAUGUAGAUAUUUAUAUUUAUCAUAUUGAAAGGAAUCUAGAUAAUAUAUCAUCUAUAUAUUUGAUUAACAAUAAGGAAUUAAAUGAAGUUCAGCAAGCCCAGUUAUCGUGGAAUUACAAUGCAACAUCUUUAUUAGUAUUCACACAAGUAGAAGGAGAAACAUUAGGAAAGUCAUAUUUUGGAUCAUCAAGCUUACACUUAUUUAGGAUAAAUAAUACUAAAACAGUUAUUCCUAAUGAUAUAUGGUCUAAAAAUAAGACUUCUGAAUCUAAAAAUAAUAUUUCUGUGUCAAAUAAGUAUAAUGUUAAAUAUAUUGAAGUUGUAUCUUCAAGUGAAGGGCCUGUUAAUGAUGUUUCCUGGUCUCCAAUUGAAGAUGAAUUUCUACUUUGCAAGGGUGUAAUUCCUCCUGAAUUAACCUUAAAUAGUGGCUAUGAUGGGUCUCCAAAAUUAAGCUUUGGAAGAUCAAGACGAAAUACAAUAAGAUGGAAUCCUUCUGGAAAGUGGUUUGCCUAUGGAGGAUUUGGUAAUUUAGCUGGAGAAUUAGAUAUAUGGGAUGUUACUAAACAAAAACUUAUUGGACAAACAAAUGCAUCUUGUUGCAUUACUCUUGAAUGGUCUUUUGAUGGAAGGUAUUUAUUAGCAUCUACUACUUCACCAAGACUAAGAGUUGACAAUGCUAUUAGAGUAUUUCGUUACAAUGGGGAUUUGUUGGGUCGUAUAGAUUUCGAUACAUUAUAUUCAGCUUUUUGGACACCUUCAUUAUUAAGUACUAGAGAAAAUAUUAUUUAUAGAUCAGUUUCACCAGGUAGAGAGUUUAAACCUAAAGUAACUCCAGAGAAGCAAGUAUAUAGACCUAGAUGGGCUACUAGUGACUUUGCAGAAAGAAUGAGAGUUGCUAGGGGUAUACAAGAUGUAUCUAAAGAUGCAAACAAUCAAAGAAAAGCUAAACCUGAAUACAUUAUACCAGGUUUACCUACUUUAGAAGCUUCUGUAGCCGCCACGAAGAGGAAUGGACCAACUAACUUUAUUAAACCUAAAAAUAGAUUUAAGAAAAAAUUUGAACAAAAUGAUUUAAAUGUGAAUUCUAUAAAUGGUUUAGUGAAUAAUAUGUCUCUAUAG